UCAAAUCGCACACGCCACACGAGUUGUUGAAGAGCGAAAGUAGUGUCGAUUUUUUAAGUAAUUGUAUGAUAUUACCCUGUGAAAGUAGUAGUAAUUGUAUUAAAUAAGAAAACAUUAAUCUUAGAACGAUGACAGACGUUGCUAAAAAGGUGCAAGAAUACAAAGACUCGCUCAAGCAAAAGGCAGAGCACCUCAUAAUAAAAGGAUUUCCUGAGAAAAUAGUGAAGCUGAAUGAGCUUCUAGAAACUUCAAAUUUCCGUGAUCGUGAUCUUGCGGAUGUCCAUCAGGACUUAAACAUUCCAGUACCGCCACCAAAAUCGGCUACCGAGCCAAACGCCAAACGUCAGAGGCUGCUGGACUCAUCAGACGUGUCAAGUAAUACUACGCUUGAAGGCUCCAAAGUGUAUGCGCUUCCCAAUGGGACUGUGCCGUGCAACAAGCCUCUUAGCGAUCUGAUACAUCUUGUAAAACCACACAUUCGAGAGCUUGUUGAGGAUUCCAAUCUGCUGAAAAUGUGGAUCUCUUUUAUGAUUCCUAAAAUUGAAGAUGGCAACAAUUUCGGAGUAUCAAUACAAGAGGACACCUUGGCUGAGAUCCAGUCGGUGGAGUCGGAGGCAGCCGCUUUUUUCGACCAGAUUUCGCGGUACUUCAUAUCGCGAGCGAAAAUCGUCUCGAAAGUUGCCAAAUAUCCACACAUUGAUGACUAUAGGAGAGCCGUUAGAGAAUUGGAUGAGAAAGAGUACCUCUCCCUGUGGCUGGUGAUGUGCGAAAUACGCAACCGCUACUGCUCGCUUCAUGACAUCGUCAUAAAGAAUCUCGAGAAAAUCAAGAAACCGCGCUCCUCCAACGCAGAAAACCUAUACUAGUUUCAUAAUCUUAUUAGUGUCUCUUAGUCCCAUUCAAUUAUAAGAGUUAUAAGAAGAUACCUUACUGGCCGGAACGCAAACUCAACUGUUCUUUGCUCAUCAGGCUCCACUGUAAAUACUUCACGUCAUACCAACAAUCUAAUGAUAACAUCUUCACUGUGAGGAAACUUGUACACGCUGUGUACGUGUUGGUAUGCACGCGGCUUGCACAGGGCACAGUUUCCCCUUCAACGGCACACAAGCACAAAUAUACAAAACUCGUACUUGGCUUGCGCAAGUUCACUCGUAAGCUCGAUCGUAUAGGCAUUCUUGAAGAUGUUCGAAUUUCACCAAAUACCGCUCCUUUCCUGCUAAGUUUAAUUAUAUAUAACAUGAGCAUGUAUCGCAAAAGACCGUAAUUCAUACCUGCUAACAAAACUAUAGGUAAUCAUUUUUGUAUCACUGACUGAACGUGAUUGGUCAGUUUGAAUUAUCUUCUGCAGUUCACGUGAUAUCGAAGCCAUGUGAUUCGUCACAUUGGAUUCGCUCUUCAGCUCACGUGAUAUUUAAGCCAUGUGAUUGGCCAUUUUAAAUGUAGUACUACAUUUUAAAACGUAGCGAGAUUUUAUCGUCCUCCUAGUACCAAGAAGGUUUCAUUCAUAUAACAGGUCUUUAUUUAAGAGAUUAAACAUUUUCAUAUGUCUAGUGAGUAAAGAACAGACUCGGAUCAUGUAGUAGUCUUUAUAGCAACGUGAGACAGAUGUAUUAUAUAUAAGAGACUGAGCCCUGUUUAAGGAUUAGUGAAUUUACAUGAAGAACUGUGACUGGUUCAACACGGUUGCGCGAUUUUGAUACUGACAUUGUCUAGGCUACGUAUAGAGAUAGGCUCGUUUACCUAUAAUUUAAGUUAUAAAUCAGCUGAAAAGUAUGAUUUUAGUUAAUUAUCAAAGUUUUCAUUGUCCACAUGCUAUGAAACUACAGUAUGAUCAUAUACGUUCUUUAAUAUCAGUGAUUCCAAACGAUAACGUGACUUUUCCUCUAAGUUAAUAUUUAUUGUUCCCUCAAAUUUCCGUGCCUGUAUUAUUUCAAUAGUUUAUAUUGACAAUUCCCUGCUAUUACAAAGUGAUACAGUUUGGCUGUUAGUCAACGUUUAAUUUAAAAUGUAACAAUAUGGAUAAAAAUAAAAUACAUUUCUAUGAAUGUGUACUUGUUGUUUCUUUAU